AUGCUGCCGUGUCAACGAGUGCAAGGAACGCGCGUUCGGCCAUCGGUGGAGCAGCUCAACGAGGCGGUCGAAGAGCGGGAAGCGCGCCGCGACCCGCGAUCCGCCAUUAGCGCCGCGCAUUCGAUAACAACGGGCGAGCCGCACCGAAAUAUCCCCUGUUUACACCCACUCGCCCGCUCCGUCCGCCGCCGCACCGACCGACCGCAUUUUAUUUUUUUCGCCGUCGCACAUUUCGCCGUCAUAGCUAUUUCCACUCGAGGCAUUAUACUCCGCCGCGUGUGUGCGUCCGUCCACGUGGACCGCUUCGCCGCCGUCGAGCGGCAUCCUCGCCGUUCCCCGUCGUCAUUGGUGCAGACGACGAGAUCGCUUAUUAAGGGCGGAGUUACACGCGUUUCAGCACGGCAGUUGGUCGGC